ACUGUCUCUGCGACUCAUGCUCCCUUCUUUUCGUCCUGCGCCAGCUUAUAAGGGCGCGCGACGGGCGGCGCUGGCUCACGACAUUGGCUACGAACAUUCGCUCUCUUGACGAUCUUUUACGCCUCUCAAUCAUGUCUGUGCCAGCAGAGUCUAUCCCCCAGCAGUCGCAGAUCCAGGACCGCGAUCUCGACGGCGCGACCAUCAACGAGGUCCCCAUCGGCGGCGACGAGGAGGCCAUCAAGGACGAAAAGGCAGUCUAUGACGACUUUCCUGACGGCGGCCUCAGAGCUUGGACGGUGGUGGCGGGGACGAUGUGCGGUACCUUCUCAACCUUCGGCUAUGUCAACUCGUGGGGCGUCUUCCAGUCUUAUUACGAGGAGAACGUCCUUCCGGAUACGUCCGCCUCGGCAAUUGCAUGGAUCGGCUCCAUCCAAUACGCCCUCGUCUUCAUCCCCGGCCUGGUCACCGGCCGCCUUUUCGACCUCGGCUAUCUCAAGGCCCCCCUCUUCCUCGCCACCUGCGUCUUCGUCGUCGCGACCUUCCUCGUCGCCGAAUGCACCAAAUACUGGCAUUUCCUCCUUUGCCAGGGCAUAGUCACGGGGUUCGCGUGUGGCAUCAUCUUCGGUCCCAUGAUGGGCAUCAUCGGCCACUGGUUCAGGCGCAGGCGCGGCCUGGCGCUGGGUAUGAACGCCAUCGGGUCGUCGAUGGGCGGAACGAUCUUUCCUAUCGCCGCACGUAACCUCAUUGAGCGCGUAGGGUUCCCCUGGACGAUGCGCAUUCUCGGCUUCAUCAUCCUCGUCGCGCUUUCCGUGCCAAACCUCGUCCUCCAGCGCCGCCUACCGCCGAAAAGGGUGGCUGGCGGCCUCGUGAACCCAAAGGCCUUCAAGUAUCUGCCCUUCACGAUCUACUGCCUGUCUGGUAUCGUCGCGUUCUUGGGGCUGUAUACAGUUCUCACCUACAUCGACGUAAGUGCAACCAAGGCCGGCGUCUCUGAGGAUUUCUCCUUCUAUCUCGUGUCCAUAGCGAAUGCGAGCAGCUCCCUUGGCCGUUUGGGGGCGGGCAUUCUGACGGAUAGAUAUGGCGCGAUCAAUGUGAUGGCACCGCUCACGCUCAUCUGCGCGGUUAUGACCUAUGCGUGGCCCUUUGCGCGCUCUCAAGGCAGCUUAAUCGCCGUCGCCGUGCUUUAUGGUGUCCCAUCCGGCGCUUACGUGUCCAACUUCCUUAUCCCGCUCUACGAGAUGGGCGAGGUCGAGGACAUUGGUCGCCGCACCGGCAUGGCGAUGACCUUCGCUGCGUGCGGCGCGCUCGCUGGCCCGCCCAUAAGCGGCGCUAUCUACGGUCAGACGGGCGGGUAUGAGGCGGUGGGGUACUAUGCAGGCAGCAUGAUCGUGGCCGCGGUCUCCAUGAUGCUCAUCGUGCGCUUCAUGGUCUUGAGGAAAUUCUGGGGCAAAUUUUAGAGUGGAUAGUGGCUGGGUGAUCUCCGGACGAUCUUGUGGAUAGAUUACUCACGCGUACGUGACUAGGUAGACCCAAAUAGAGGCGUUGAGCCGCGGGUUGACGAGCA